AUGCGAUCUGUGAUUACGAGCGUUUCUAUACAUUCCUAUGGACCUGGCGCCUCCUACAAAACGUGGAUGAAAUACUUCCCACACGUCGACCUAAACACUGUCGAGUACGAUGAGAUCUGUGGCAAAGCCUGGACCGCUAAAAAUCCUGAAGCCACAGUCUUUUAUGGCGAACAGGCCUCGGCGCCGUUCAUCAAGAAAGUGGGCUCGGAGGUCACGGCUCCUGGGCUUGUGGAUAUCAUCGUCGACGACGGCGGCCAUACGAUGACCCAGCAGGAGAACUCCUUGCGCGAACUGUGGCCGUUCCUCCGGCCCGGCGGCAUCUACUUCGCUGAGGACCUGCACACAAGCUUCAUGGAUUCCUACGGCGGCGAUGCGUCCCGGGCUGACCCUGCCAAGCGCACUUUUAUGACCUUCAUACACGAGCUUGUUGAUGACUUCAUGGCCGCCAAGGUCGGCGUCCCGUCAAAGAAUGCUUGGUAUAAGGAGAUUGCAAGCAUUGACUGUAUGGAGGCGUUGUGCGUGCUGACAAAGAAGGAGAAGGGCGCGCGCUGA